AUGUCUAUUGAUAAAACUCUCAUUGGGAGACAUUUUGUCCGUGGCUCAUCGAGCACCUCGGAAAGGUCCAAACCAUUUUGUUUAUCCCAGCACUCAUCCAGCCAUGAGGAAGUUAUGUCGGGAUCUGAGGCCCGUGGUUUCUACGAGUCUCUUAUUGACGACGAAGAUGUGGUUAUCAUUGGGGAAUCUAACUGCCCCACAAUAUCAUUUAAUGCCGAUCAAGUUACAAAUUUAACGACUUGUAAAAUGUGUGGUUUAGAGUUUUUAUCUGACAAAGAUAGUGAAGCCAGACACAUUAUUUCCAUGACGCAUCAAUUUGCUCUUCUCUCUAAAAACCCACCUCCUCCGUCGCCUCUCGUACUUUCCUCCUCCAAUAUUGGAUACCGAAUGCUCUCCAAGAUGGGUUGGAAGGACGUAAAUCAGAUUCGCGAGGUGAAUAUUUCUGGUUCUAGCUCCGAUUCAGAGGUGGAUAAAGAGCACUCAACCAAUCUUCCAUUGAAAAGUACGUCGGAAUUCCCAUCCACAACGAACUCAGACCUACGUCAGGUGGGCGUUUGCGGCGGUCUCGGUCGAGACGGCCGUGGAAGGCGACAUCCGAUUGCCACCGUCUUGAAACGUGACCGACAUGGCCUGGGGUGGCGUAUCUUGGCCUUACAAACCGAUUUGAAACCGUAUACACAAACAUCUAAAAAGGCAUUCUCUGGUUCUAAUAUUGUCUAUCGACGACCUCAUCUCGCUCGCGUCACGCAUUUCGGACCACGAGACACAGCUGCUGUGCAAGAUCCUCCCUUUAAGACUGGUGGUAGGAAGGGGAGUAGCCGGGCUAUAGUUCUGGACAAGCGAUUGCACAAGCGGCUUCGACAUCAAGAACGAAUAAAAGAGCGGCAGCUGCGUCUAGCGAUGGAUCUCACACGCGACGAAUAG